UACUGCCUUGUGUCUGUGAGCUCACAUUUCUGCCUCCUCAGCCUGUGCCGCUCUCUCGUACUCACAGUCUCUCACACUGAGUCUCACACUCCUCCAGCAACCAUGCAAUCCUCCAGACAGACUACAUACUCUGUGCGCUCCUCAACCAGCGGCAAGCCUCCUGCCAUGUCAAUGAACCGUACCUCUGCUCCUGUUUACAGGGCCUCCUCUAUCCAUGGUGGGGCCGGAGGGGGCCGCAUCAGCAUCUCCUCCAGCAGCAGCUCUCGGUUGGGAUCAGGGAUGGGAGCCGGGAUGGGAGUGGGUUCAGGAGCUGGGGGCUUCUCCAGCAGCAUGCAGGUGAGCGGGAACAGCGGCCACGUCAUGGGCAAUGAGAAGUUUGCCAUGCAGAACCUGAACGACCGUCUGGCCAACUACCUGGAGACAGUGAGGAGCCUGGAGCAGGCCAACCACCAGCUAGAGAUUAAGAUCAAGGAGGCACUGGAGAAGAGCGGACCCGACUUCAGAGACUACAGCAAGUACCAGGCUAUCCUUGAUGACCUCAGGAAGAAGGUGUUUGAUGCCACCACUGACAAUGCCCGUCUGGUUCUCAACAUUGACAACGCUCGCCUGGCGGCCGAUGACUUCAGAGUGAAGUACGAGUCUGAGCUGGCCAUCCGCCAGUCUGUGGAGGCCGACAUCAUUGGUCUGAGAAAGCUCAUUGACGACACAAACAUGAGUCGCAUGAACCUUGAGAGCGAGAUUGAAUCCCUGAAGGAGGAGCUCAUCCACCUCAAGAAGAACCAUGAAAAUGAAGUUAUGGAGCUCCGUAACCAGAUUGCUCAAUCAGGAGUCCACGUGGACGUUGACGCUCCCAAAGGACAGGAUCUGGCUCAGCUCAUGGCAGAAAUAAGAGCCAAGUACGAGAACAUGGCAAAGAAAAACCAGGAAGAACUCAAAACAUGGCACGAAUCUCAGAUAACAGAAGUGCAGAGCCAGGUCGUCCAGAACACAGAAGCCCUGAAGGGAGCCCAGACAGAGGUGAAUGACCUGCGUCGACAGUUGCAAACUCUGGAGAUCGAGCUGGAGUCCCAGAGGAGCCUGAAAGGGUCUCUGGAGGGCACGCUGAGGGACACAGAGAUGCGUUACAACAUGGAGAUUGAGGCUCUCAACACCAUCAUCCUGAGUCUGGAAGCCGAGCUCACACAGCUGCGUAACAACAUCCAGCAGCAGACGCAGGACUACGAGGCCCUGCUCAACAUGAAGAUGAAGCUGGAGGCUGAGAUCGCUACAUACAGACGCCUGCUGGACGGGGAAGACUUCAUGUGCGUAGUUUAAUGAUUCUAUGUAGACAAAACCAAGAGAAACCUGUUUAACACGUUUAUAUGCUCCAGGAUGCUUUGGAAGACCAGAAAACAGUGAAGACCAAAGUCAUGACCGUCACACAGACCCUGGUGGAUGGGAAGGUGGUUUCCUCCAGCACAGACACCAAGACCCUUUGAAUACCAGAAGCAACCACAUGACACUCCCAACAAUCACUAACCCUGCAUCAAAACACUAACCUAUGAUUGGCUAAAUUUGAUCUGCUUUCAUCUAACAGCACUAACCGUUAAGGUCAGUUAGACGCUGCCAUUUUUGUUGACUUUCUGGUUACAGAGCUGUUGCACAGGCUGAUGAAAUAAAAACUGGAUUGGAGGGAAACCACAUCAUCUAUUAUUUAUUUCAUCAUGAUUUAUUUAUGCGUUGUUUAUUGGCCUGCAAAGUUUAAAAAGUUCACAAUUGGAGAAAUUACAACUUUUUUUCAAAAACAAACCAAUUAAAGACAUUGAAUAUUUCCGAUUAAUUAAAAAGUCCAAAUAAAUGUAAAACAUUUUUUAUAUGUCGUCAUCUUUGGUUUUCUUCCUGUCCAGUUUUGUCUGUCUGUUAUGCUGCGAUGCUCAAUAAAGUCCUUUGGAGAAAAGUUAA